AUGGAAUUGGAACAUAAAGCUUAUUGGGCUGUUUUGACAUGCAAGAAGGAAAUAGACAAAGCUGGCAAGGAAAGGCUAUUUCAGCCUCAAGAGAUAGAUGAAAUGAGACCAGAGGCCUAUGACAACUCUCGGAUGUACAAGGAAAAUUGCAGGGCCAUUCACGAUAGUAGUAUCUUGAGGAAGAGUUUCAAGCUUGGUGACAGGGUCCUUAAAUUCAUAGCCCAGUUCAAAUUUAGAGACGAGAAGCUGAAGGAGAGAUGGGACGGACCUUACACCAUAACAAAGGUCCUUGGCUAUGGAGCAUUUGAGCUCAAGGAUAAAAAGGAUGGCACUACACAUCUAGCUAAUGGACAUCUCCUCAAGCUUUUCUGUGGCAAGCCUAUGUCUCCUAAUAAUGCCCCAACUGAAACCAAAGAGCAAGCCCAAACCAUUAUUUAUUCUCGGAACCUGCUGCUAGAAAGGGAAUUCCCGAAUUCUGAUGAAUGUGUGCCAUUAAAAGGGGUUUUAGAGAAAUGA